GUCUAUCUUUUCUUUUGGUGCUAGCUGGACAGUUAGCUAGCUAGCCAAAGAAAUUCUAGAUUAAAGUUAUCAACACGUUUCUCAUUCGGUAUCUAAAUCAAACCUACCGCCAAAAUGAAAGAUGUUACCGGGUACCUCAAAACGCAACAGAGCAUGAGCUCCACUCCAGAGAUGGCAUCGGAAUGGCACACACUAGAGGAGUUUUACAACAAAAAGUUGUGGCAUCAGCUGACCCUAAAGCUCACAGACUUUGUAAAAGACCCUUGCUUCGCCAAAGGAGAUGGCCUCAUACAGCUGUACGAAAACUUCCUCAGUGACUUUGACCACAGAAUCAACCCACUGUCUCUGGUGGAGAUCAUCCUGUAUGUUACCAGACAGAUGACAGAUCCUAAAGAUGCUAUCACCUUCCUCGAGAAGACUAAGGAGAAGGUGAAGAGCAACGAUGAGUCAGUCAUUCUGUGCAAGACAUCCAUUGGAGCCCUUAAACUGGAGAUAAAUGACCUUCCAGCCACAAAG